UUUCCUGGCCGCUUUCAAGAGCCUUUGGGGCUAGGAGAGGUCGCCAGCGAAGUAGCUGGGGGCUCCAGAGGGGAAAUGGAAACUGGCUGGAAAAAAAAUGGGUUUGCAAACACGUUUUUAAAGGUCUUGGUUUGGUGGCUUUUUUAGUUCGUUUGAAGUAUGCAGGUGUUCCCGCCGGCGUGGUGCGGGUACGUAAGGGGUUGGUGCUGCCCCGACGACAGGCGAGGUCCUCCCCGUCGCACGCGUUUACGGAGCGGCGUGAGGCGGGAGGGUGCGGAGAUCUUCAUUUUCCAGAGGAAGACUUGGGGAGCAGCGAGGACGGGGCUUCUCUGAAGCCCUGGGGCCUGCCGGGAUCCACGGGAGAAGGUCUCCAAGGCCUCGGCGGGCGUCCUCGUCGCCAGCCGCCCUGCUCCGCGUCGCGCCGCUGGCCCUGAGGACUGCUCGCUUUCGGCUUUCGAUUCCGAGCGCUCGCUCCUGUGCGGUCAGAAGGGUUUGAGCGUUCGGUCAGAAGGGUUUGCCAACAACCUGGCCAACGCGGGGUCAGAGAGAGCGGACCCGCUUCUGCGGUGGGACGGCAGCGUGUCGGGCGCGGGAGCCAGCCAGUCCUGCCUGGAGUCCUGCAGCCUGCUUGUCGUUGACACGUUUGUGCCAGCUGGUUGCAAAACGUGGGGCGCAGAGUUCGUUCCCUGUCGCUAAAGUGGUUUCGCCUUAUCGAGUGCUAUUCACGGAAAUCAUUAAAACAGAAAUAAGUUGAAAUAACAUCUUUGCUCUCGCUUUAUGGUGGACAAUUCAGCAGUGAGCAGGAAAUUCGCGUAAAUUCUCCAUUUUGGAUUCUCAGUAUUCCUUCAGAAGAGAUGGCGAGGGGACUAAUGAAACGGACAGUAUGUGCAAAGUCUAUAUUUGAACUGUGGGGUCAUGGAAGAUCUGCGGGGGAGCUCUAUGCAUGUUUGAAGAACUAUCCAAUGGACAAGAUGCUUCCAUAUCUACAAUCAGACUCUACUUACAAAGUACAUAUUCAUACAUUUAAUAAAACACUGACCCAAGCACAGAAAAUUAAAAAGAUAGAUGCCCUUGAAUUUCUGCCAUUCAAAGGAAAAGUAAAUUUAAAGAAUCCAGAACACAUCUUCUGGAUUUUGGAAGAUUAUGGAAUGGAUCCUAAUAAUGUUCCAGAAGAGCCCUUUCACCUGUAUUUUGGUAGAUGGAUUGCAGAUGGCCAAAGAGAACUUAUCGAGUCCUAUAGUGUAAAAAAGAGACACUUCAUUGGAAAUACGAGCAUGGAUGCCUGCCUGUCUUUCAUUAUGGCAAACCAUGGGAGAGUAAAACCCAAUGAUGUUGUAUAUGAUCCGUUUGUUGGAACAGGUGGCCUUCUAAUCUCCUCAGCUCACUUUGGAGCGUAUGUGUGUGGUGCUGAUAUAGAUUACAACACAAUCCAUGGAUUAGGCAAGGCAAGCAGAAAGAACCAGAAAUGGAGAGGACCAGAUGAAAAUAUCAGAGCUAAUCUCCGACAGUAUGGUUUAGAGAAAUAUUACCUUGAUGCACUAGUUUCUGAUUCUUCAAGACCAAUAUGGCGAAAAGGGAUGCUGUUUGAUGCAAUCAUUACAGAUCCACCAUAUGGUAUCAGAGAAGCUACUCGCAGAACGGGUUCACAAAAGGAAACAGUUAAGUCAGCUGAAAGAAGCACAGACAAUCACAUCUUCGUUUCAUCCAGUUAUCAUCUAAGUGACAUCUUUUUUGACCUGUUGAAGUUUGCGGCAGAGUAUCUGGUGAUGGGAGGAAGAUUAGUUUAUUGGCUGCCGAUUUACAGGCCUGAAUACACAGAAGAGAUCAUUCCCCGCCACCCAUGCCUGAAACUUAUUAGCAACUGUGAGCAGAUGCUUUCCAGCCACACAUCAAGGCGCCUGAUAACCAUGGAAAAGGUGAAAGAAUUCAAGGAUCAAGAUCAGCAUUCUUACUUGUUGGAUGGUCAAUAUAUGCCAUACAGGGGACACAAUUCUUUCCGUGAGAAGUAUUUCAGUGGUGUGACAAAGAGGAUUGCCAAGGAAGAAAAAGACAAUCAGAAGUAAAAUAUAAUAUAAACAGAUUAGAAAAUGAGGAAAGAAUGAAGAUCAUGUUUCUUUGUAAGGACAUCUGGAUAUGAACAUUCAUUUGGAUGCUUCAGAAAAAUAAAUACUGCUUUUAAUUUUAAAACAAGAUGAAACCCACAACACAGGUUGAGAGCAGUUCUUUUUAAUUAGCUUUGUUUAUAGCAGAUUUUAUUGUACAAGCUUUUUGAGUCUUAUUUAAUUUAUAUGUGUACUUUCAAGUACUAAUGAUGAUUGACUAAAACCAUUAUUAUUGUUCUUUCACCAUUAAUGUUUACAAAAAAGUAGUAGUAUUAUUUGGCUUCUUAAACUGUGAACAUCUGGCUGUUUUAGAAACACGUGGUGGUGAUCAUUUUCAUUUGUUUUGUUUUUUUGUAAAUGGUAUACAAUAAAACAAAAGAUUGUU